AUGGCAGGGAAGCCCAAGGUUUACUACUUCAAUGGAAGGGGAAGAAUGGAAACCAUUUGGUGGCCCUUGGCCACAGCAGGAGUAGAGGCGCUAAGAGACCACGGGCAAGAUUUUCUGGUGGGCAAUCGGCUGAGCUGGGCCGAUGUCCAGCUCCUGGAAGUCAUCUUCGUGGCUGAAGACUGCAGACCCAGUGUCCUCUCGGGCUUCCGUCUGCCCCAGGAAUUCAAGGCCAGAAGCAGCUACAUUCCCAGAAUUAACAAGUUUCUCCAGCCUGGAAGCCAGAGGAAAUCUCCACUAGAUGAAGACUCCAUUGAGACUGUGAAGAAUAUAUUCAAAUCUGAACGUGGCAUGUUUCUUAAAAACAUGGGCAAUAUAGUAGCUGAGUAUUAA